CCCCGACAACUCUGGUCGAAAAAAUGGUGGCCAGCGCUCGAGUGCAGAAGCUCCUCCGAAGAUAUAAACUAGCGAUCGCCGCCGCGUUAACGAUCCUCCUGGUGCAGGGACUGGUGGUAUGGAGUCUGAGGAGUCUGGAGGAAGGAGAGGCAGAGAGGAAAACACGGCGCUCUAAACUGCCUGAUAACAACAGCCAGGACUCAAAGAGAGACCCGUCGCUUUGGGACAAACAGAAGUCUCCGUCGGGGAGGAAUAAGGGCCGAUGGAGCCCCAAGCUGGAGAGGACGGGGGGCACGGCGGCCAGCGCCCUGAGACGAGGGACCAGCCGGCGAGGAGAGAAGCCCAGCAUCCGGCUGAAAUCUCCCCAGGAGCGAGGGAUGACCGGAGCGGGACUGGAAGGCGUGCUCCUCCACGACCCGUCCAGCAGCCGCAACCUCAGCGAGACACGAGGAGGGGGCAACGACGGGGCGGCUAAGUUGCCUGCCGCCAUUCUGGGGGAGCCGGGCAGCGUGGACGGAGCGCACCAAGCCCCCAGCAGUGACUUUGUGCCUAAAUGCGACAUCAUGGGGAAGGACGCUCUGUCCGCCCUUCAUCGCGCCGGGUCGCAGCAGUGCCGCCAGGAGAUCGGCAACAUCGUGUGUCAGCAUCAAGCCGGGCAGCUCAUGCCAGAGACCCUCCCUCAGUUCUGCCCCCAACUUGGUGUAGUGAAUCCGGUCCAGGCGGUCGGCGAGCUGGACAACAGCCUGUCCUCGGUGGAGAAUCCGGUGAGAGUGGCGUUCGUCCUUAUGGUCCACGGUCGAGCUGUACGGCAGCUCAAACGCCUCAUCAAAGCCAUUUAUCACCGUGACCACUACUACUACAUCCACGUGGACAAGCGCUCUGGUUACCUGCAUCGGGAGGUCCUGCAGAUAGCCGAGCAGUACCCGAACAUACGAGCCACGCCCUGGAGGAUGGUCACCAUCUGGGGCGGGGCCAGCCUGCUGAAGGCGUACCUCCACAGCAUGCAGGACCUGCUCACCAUGCUGGACUGGAAGUGGGACUUCUUCAUCAACCUCAGCGCCACCGAUUUCCCCACCAGGACCAACGACGAGCUGGUGUCGUUUCUAUCGCAACAACGAGACAAAAACUUCCUCAAGUCCCACGGGAGAGAAAACGCCCGGUUUAUCAAGAAGCAAGGCCUCGACCGUCUCUUCCACGAGUGCGACAACCACAUGUGGCGUCUGGGCGAACGCAGCAUCCCCGACGGCCUGGAGGUCUCCGGCGGCUCUGAUUGGUUCGCGCUCACCCGCCGCUUCGUGGAGUACGUCAUCAACUCCCAGGAUGCACUGGUGUCGGGGCUGAAGCAGUUCUACUCCUACGCUCUGCUCCCCGCCGAGUCCUUCUUCCACACUGUGCUCGGGAACAGCCACAUGUGCGACUCGCUGGUCGACAACAACCUGCGAGUCACAAACUGGAACCGUAAGCUGGGCUGCAAAUGUCAGUACAAACACAUCGUGGACUGGUGCGGCUGCUCUCCCAACGACUUCAAACCACAAGACCUCAUCAGGAUCCAGCAACUGAGCCGCCCGACUUUCUUCGCCCGUAAGUUUGAGUCGUCGGUGAACCAGGAGGCCAUCGACAUCCUGGACACUCACCUGUACGGUCAGUACGCACCGGGCACCGUGGCUGUCAAGGCGUACUGGGAGAGUGUGUUUGAGCAGCUGGACGGCAUGGGCUCGCUCAGCGACGUCGCUCUCACCGCCUACACGGCGUUCUUUCGCCUCGGCCUCAAACACCUGGAGACUUCUCAGAGCAGCGUGGACGCCUGCAGGUUUGAACCAGUAGGCCUCCCUCUCUCAGUGCACCUCUACUUCUAUGACGACCGUUUCCAAGGUUACCUGGUGCGUCAGGAGGUCCAGGCGGCAGGCUCAACGGUCAGAGAGACGCUGGAGAUGUGGGCGGUCCCUCAGGCGACGCUCGUCCUUGAGACCAACCUGAAGGAGUUUGAGAGGCUGAAGAAUCUGGAGAUCGGUACGGAUUGGGAUCCUAAAGAAAGAAUCUUCCGGAACUUUGGCGGGUUGAUCGGCCCGUUGAGUGAACCCCUGGCGGUCCAGAAGUGGGCGCGCGGUCCUAACCUCACCGCCACCAUCGUUUGGAUUGACCCGGCUCUGGUGGUGGCGGCGUCUUAUGACAUCACCGUGGACGUGGACGCAGAGUACACGCAGUACAAGCCGCCGCUGCAGCGCCCCCUACGGCCCGGCACCUGGACCGUACGCGUGUUGAAACAGUGGGAGCUCGUUGCGGAGGUCCGGUUCCUCGUCACGCCGUUGACCUUUAAAGAUAAGGAGCCGUUCCGUAAAGACGAGGACAGCUGGCUCCACGCCGGUCCUCCAGGUAACCUGUACCUCGAGCAGAGCUUCCAGACUCUGAGCUCCGUGCUCAAGCUUCCUCCUCAGGCGGCCGCGCUGCAGGAGGCUCAGCAGAGAGCGCAGCUGGUGGGUCAGAGCCUGGAGGCGUGGGUGGACAGCAGCGUGCGGACCUACUGGGUCACAGGAGACGUGUGCUCCACACAGACUUCUUCCUCCUGCCCCGCUGUGGGACCCUGCUCCAAGACCUCCUGGAGUGCUUUGUCCCCAGAUCCAAAGUCUGAACUGGGUGCUGUGAAAAGUGACGGCAGGAUCAGGUAGCAGCGCCGGAGGAGAGACUGAACACAAACACAGGAGGACUGAGGAGAACCUGUGUGGCCCCACAGAUCGCCUCAGAGGUCGACUCAGACCCUGAAGGCCUCAUGAACAACGAGACGUCUUCCUGCACUGAGAAGUCGAGACGUUCUCUUUGAAACAGACUGAUGACAGGAGGAUGUGAAUGCUGGAGUUUUGCACAUAGAGGUAUGCAAGAGGAAAGACAAACGAGUUCUGUCUUCAGAGAAACUUUGAGGUUGUCAAAAUCUUUUUAUACUUUUCCCUACCAGGUGUUUAAAAACGAUACAAUCCCCGUCAUCUUAAUGAUCGAGAGUUAGAAAAGGACCCAAGCUUUUAAAAACCACUUCAGAUGUGUCCGGUAAUAUUUAUGUUUUUAACCAGAAACUUCUGCAAGUGAAAGAGAGAGAGAACACGUCGCCAACAUUUUGGUACUGAAACUUUGUGCAGUACAGACUGUGCAGGAGUUUUUCUUAUCAAAAAUGAGAGAUGAUCAAACAUUCGGUGCCCAGGACUUCUAUCAGGUAUCGAUGCGUUUCUGUUUUUUUCCAGAAUGGUCUCAGAGUUCAUCCUGACAACCCAUCGUGUUAUUCUAUUGGAACAAAAGAUUUAAGUCUGCGCCAUGUUUGACUCUUGUUUGAGUGCUCAGUUUUCCCGAUUCCUUGAAAGUAUCAGGACGCCCGACUCGCCCACAGGCUCCUCCUCCCUGUGCUCGAUCUCCAUUUGGAGGCAGAGAUGAUUCUCUGCAUCGUUUAAUCGUGCUUGUUUUGAAGCAUUUAAAUAUGUAAAAUAUGACAGACAGAUGAAGUGCACUUUACUGUAAGACGACGAGGUCACACAGAGGUCACGCAGAGGUCCACAGAGGGUGAGGAGGGUCGCAUCACUUCAUCCCACAGGAGACUCUGAGGCAGAUACCUGCACAGACACAUCACUGAGCACCUGUGACCUGUACGAGGAAAAACUAAGGAAGGGGAGGGGUCUAAGAUUUAGAUUUUAGUUUCAUUUUUAACGUCAUUUCACUUCAAACAUGUUUUGUUUUUGUUUUUUUAAUUGUCUGUUUGUGUCUUUUGACGUCCAUUGUUGCAUUAAAGAGCCACUCUGAGUUGUGUAGCUGGUCAUAGGAAAAGCCUGGCGAGCUGCAGAUUACGAGGUUUUACUCAAAAUGCGUCUAAAAUAGGAUCUCGACUAAAACCUCUCGACCACAGACGUUCAUUUGAGCGAUCUAAACCCUCUUAGACAGACUGAGGAAGAGAACCCUGUGAAAAUAGGAACAACCAACUGUAACCAACUGACGCUCUGAUGUCUGAACCAAAUGUUCAGCCUCUUACGUCGGGGUGUGGAAACGUUUUGACGCGAAUGGGAGACAAAAUGUCAACCGAAAUGAAAUAACAGUAGGAAGUAAUAAUAGUCAGGAAGCGGACCGAGAUGAUGAAAUGAUGAUCAUAAUCCAGAUCAGAUGAGAUCAAAAGUUAUAUUCACGUUUACGCUUAAGAACCGUGUGAUCGCACCGCUGAUGCCGACUGACUUCCUGUUGACCCUUGAACUUUAAACACUAAUUAACCUGCUUUACGAUGAUCACCAUGUAGCGUCUAAAUUAAAUAAAUAAACAUGUAAACAAAACUAUUUAAAAACAUUACAUAAUGUCAUUUAUUAUCUAUAUACCACUUUACUAGGGGGGUGCUGGAGCUGAUCCCAGCUGUCAUUGAGUGAGAGGCGGGGUUACACUCUGGACUGUCAGCCAGCCAAUCACAGGGCUGACAACCAGCCACACUCACAUUCACACCUACGGGCAAUUUAGAGUCAGCAGUUAAGGUAACGAGCAUGUUUUUGGACCGUGGGAGGAAGACGUAGAACCAGGAGAGAACCCACACUUGCACGGGGAGAACAUGCAAACUCUACACAGAGAGACUCCUGUCAGACGGGGAUUCAAACCAGGAACCUCCUCACAGAGAGCAACAGCACUAACCACUGGCCCACGAUUUUAUUAUUGUCCAAAUUGACUUUUUUGAAAUUUGCUGCUUCUGUCAAACGAUCAUUUAUAUCCCAAAAGUUUUUAUUUAUAAAAAAAAAGCAGCAGAAUCUGACGACUAAGUCCUCGUGUCCACCUCGUGUGUUUUUCUGGACGCCAGCGUCUUUUUUAAUGAGUAGAGAGCGUUUGCAGCGGCAGGCGCCCGUCUGGAGAAAAAAAGUGCAGCGCCCAACGCCUUUUGUUGAGCGGAGCGUCGAGUUGAAAAUCUUCUUAAACUUUUCAGAAAGGUGUGUUCACAUCACCGGCGCUCUUGAUAUUCCCCGUAGUUUUACCGCCCAUCCUCCUGGCUCCGUGUCUGAUCGGGGAAAUAAACAAUCUCAAAUAUAAAACAUGAAAUAAAAAGUAACGGAGCAGUGUCGCUCAUACAGCGGUCAUGGUCAACAGACUGUUGUCAUGGAGACAGGACAGAUGUGCAGCGCUUUUCUUCUUCAAAGGCUUCAUGCAAACGCUCCUGAGCGCACAGUCAGCGCUUUACUACUCAGACAUAACGCCGGGUGGACACGGAGUCAGCAGCCGUGGGUUCGAUUCCGGGGGCCAAACUCUUGAGAUGUGGCGCUUCUCCUUCAACUUUAAAAUGAUGAACGGUUUGUCGUCCUCUUCUUCAUGCAGUGUUGAACCUCUGUGGACUCGCAGGCGGUUCAUUGUUUGUUUCUAAAGGAUUCAUCGUGUUGUUGUUUGUGUAAACAGCUGUGUGUUUGUCUGUUUGUGUUUUGACUUUAACGUGCCGGAGUGAAUCGAAGCGGCCUUCUCGUAGCUGAAAGAGGAAAUGUUUACUCCGGGAUUUAAAGCUUCCAGAGACGUGCAAUGAAGCCUUUCAGAGGAGACUGAACCCCGUCUGGGUCUUAGUUUGUCCUUUUUUUUAAAAAUCUGUCAUGUUUUUUUUUUAAGAACGGUUUGUCACAUUGUGUAUUUGAAGUGACCUUGUUUACCUUGCACAGUACAGUCGCUUCAGUGAAGCUCAGAGUAAUCAGAGGUUAUUUUUCUAAAACUGUUUGAGAGGAAGUGUGUGUGUUCAUCGAUUACAAACUGCUGUCUUAUUAUUCUGAUGAUGUCGUGUGUCUCAGUCUGUUCACAGUGAGCCGACUCUCUGUUUCUGUUUUGUUGCUUUCAGCGGGAUGUGAGACAGUUUGAGUUUGUGACUCGAGCUGGUCUGAGUAGAGGACUUACAGGAUCCACAUCCUGACGGACGAUCAAUAAAAAACACUUCAAGAAA